UGAACGCAUCUUCCGUUUAUGACGGAUCAAAGAAAAGUAAGUAAUUGGACCAUGUCAUCUCCGUACAUACCGGAUAUGGAAGUCCCUCCCUUCUCCUUUGCCAUUCUCCAAAAACCGCUCCUUUUAAUCGUCUCUUUCGCUCCUUAUUUAAAUCCCUUCCUUUCCUCUACUUCACUCUUUCUCUCCCUUUCCCCCCACUUUCCUUUGGUCUUUCAUUAAAGGAAACAAUUUUUUUUUCCCUUACAUUGUUUGAUCACUUUGGUUCUGACAAUAAUGACAAUGAAAUCUUUGUCUGUCUCUAAUAAUCCUUUGGCUAACACUUGAUUCAAAGAUGGAGUAUGAAGAUCAGAUCAAUCGGGACAUUGAUUCAAAAUAUGAAUGUCUUUUAUUUGAUUUAGAUGACACUCUUUACCCUCUGACUUCUGGAUUAUCCAGGGAAGUUACCAAGAACAUUCAAGAAUAUAUGAUUAAAAAGCUUGAAAUGGAGGAGGAAAAAGUUCCUGAAUUAUGUGUUUCUUUAUACAAGCAAUAUGGCACAACAAUGGCUGGUUUAAAGGCUAUUGGCUACAACUUCGAUUGCAAUGAAUUUCAUGACUUUGUUCAUGGGAGAUUGCCUUAUGAAUUGCUAAAACCAGACCCUUUUUUGAAGACUCUCUUGCAUAGCCUGCCUAUUCGGAAAGUUAUUUUCACGAAUGCGGAUAAGAACCAUGCUGACAUGGUGCUUAACAGGUUGGGGUUGGAGGAUUGUUUUGAAGGGAUUAUAUGCUUUGAGACCCUGAAUCCCACAAACGAAGAUGAUUCUUCGGCUGAUGAUUCUAACACUGAAAUUUUCGACUACUAUACAUGCAUUACUUGUCCUGAUUCCCAGCUUGAACUUCCAAGUCCUAAAGUUGUGUGCAAACCACUUGAAAAAGCAUAUGAACAAGUUUUUGAGAUGGCCAACAUCAACCCCCAGAAAACGUUGUUCUUUGAUGACAGCAUCCGAAAUAUUCAGACUGGUAAAAGUAUGGGCCUUCAUACCGUAUGGGUGGGAACUUCUCAAGAAACUGACAGUGCGGAUUAUGCAUUAGAGAGCAUUCACAAUAUCAGGCAAGCAUUGCCAGAGCUUUGGGAAGCAGCAGAUGAGAAGGUUGACAACAUUCUGCAUUCCAGGGAGGUACCUGCCGAGACAACAGUUAUAGCUUAGCUUUAGCUCUUAUAUUAUAAAUCUAUAUUUGGUGUGUUUUCACCACUCUUUUGUAACAUGUAGAGUGGGGUCGUAAUAGUUACGAUAUUUGAACUUUUUAUUAGAACACUUGUAUUUCGAUUGAAAUAGGAUUUGAUCUUUUAAUAUAUGAAAACAUUGAUCUAGGAAA